ACUCCUUCCUCGCCCAGAACUUCAUUUCCCGCCCCCUUCCCCGUUCAUUUCCCGGAUUUCUGGAAUCCUUCGGCUCGCCCACUUCUGCCCAGCGGCCGAGCCCCGGGCUUGGCUUCCAGCGCGCCUCCGGUCCGCGUUGCGCCCCCACCCAGCCUUCGCCCGGACUCCAUGUGCUUAAAGCGACGCCUCUGGCAGCUCUCCCUGGCGCUCCUGGGGGGAAAACCUGCCCACCCCGAACCCCCUCGCCUUCCAGAAGCCGCAACACACCACCACCCCUUCCCUUCCCCAAAUCUUGUUUUCUUCUUUGAACCUUGUGGCGUUAUGAUCGCUUGCAUCGCUCUCCGAGUUUCCUGCUGGAACAGAAAAGGGUGUUGUGGCUCCUGCGUUGUAAAGUUUUAAAAGAUUAAAGUGAGAUGAAGCCCGGGAUGUUUUCUCUCUUCUUUUGGACCUGCUUGAGGAAACGGGGAACGGACCAGAGAGGAACCGAGGUCUUCCUAAAACCUUUUCUUUUGUGGGAUUGCCAGUUGUUUUGAAUUAGCAAGAAAGCAGGGGAAGAAAUAUUCAGAACGGUGAUACUGGAACUCCGGUUUGUGUGGAUAUAAGAAGAGCUGAGAGAAAGUUCGUGAGGUUCUAGAACGAUUUCCCAUUCUUUUCUUGGAUCUCUGUAAACGGAGAAAUAGAGUAAUAGGAUGACAUCACGUGUGGACCCCAGGAUCAAACAAGCCUUACGGAAAAAACCAUCAGAAAGAACUCAAGAGGAAUUAAAUACCAUAUAUUACUUUCUUCAUGGAAUGGACAUAUUGUCGAAUCUCAGGGAACAUCAAUUAAGAAUAAUGACUUCUAGUGCACGUUACAAAAGGUACGAAGGAAAUCAAGUUCUGUUUUGUUCAGACACUAUUGCAAGAUGCUGGUAUAUUCUUCUUUCUGGAUCUGUGCUCAUGAAGGACUCUAUGUUUUUGCCACCCUGCAGUUUUGGUAAGCAAUCUGGAGGAAAACGAGGUUGCGAGUGUAUUGUACUGGAGCCUUCUGAAAUGAUUGUGGUUGAGAACUCGAAAGAGAAUGAAGACAACAUUCUACAAAGGGAAGGGCCCCGUCGACAAUCUCGGCGGAGAUUUAGGAAGAUUAACCAGAAGGGAGAACGCCAGACCAUCACAGACAAUGUUGAUGUUAGUAGCUACCUGACACUUCCAGCAGACCUUACCAAAAUGCACCUCACAGAUGGUCAACAUCCACAGGUCACACAUGUACCUUCAAGCCAGUCUGGUUGCAGCAUUGCCAGUGAUUCUGGGAGCAGCAGUUUAUCUGACAUCUACCAGGCUACUGAAAGUGAAAUGGGAGAUGUAGAUUUAACUGGGCUUCCAGAGGCACCAGUAGAUUCUGAAGAAGAAGAAGAAGAAGAUGAAGACAUUGACAGAACUUCAGAUCCACUGCUAGGACGAGACGUUGUACGGGAGUGCCUUGAAAAAGAGCCAGCUGAUAAAACAGAUGAUGAUAUUGAACAAUUAUUGGAAUUUAUGCAUCAGCUUCCAGCGUUUGCAAACAUGACUAUGUCUGUAAGAAGAGAACUCUGCUCAGUGAUGAUAUUUGAAGUAGUAGAGCAAGCAGGAGCAAUCAUCCUUGAAGAUGGACAAGAACUUGAUUCUUGGUAUGUAAUUUUAAACGGAACAGUGGAAAUCAGCCAUCCUGAUGGGAAAACAGAAAGUCUGUGUAUGGGAAAUAGUUUUGGGAUUACCCCUUCAAUGGAAAAGCAAUACAUGAAUGGCGUGGUUAGGACCAAAGUAGAUGACUGCCAGUUUGUCUGUAUAGCUCAGCAGGACUAUUGGAGAAUUCUAAACCAUGUUGAAAAAAAUACACACAAAGUUGAAGAAGAAGGCGAAAUUGUUAUGGUGAAGGAGCACAGGGAGCUGGAUCGUAGUGGAACCAGAAAGGGACACAUAGUUAUUAAGGCAACACCUGAACGGCUCAUAAUGCAUUUAAUAGAAGAACACUCUAUUGUGGACCCAACAUACAUAGAAGAUUUUCUCCUGACGUACAGAACGUUUCUAUCAAGUCCACUAGAAGUUGGAGACAAACUCUUAGAAUGGUUUCAAGUAGACAGUCUCAGGGACAAGGUUACCCGAGUCGUACUGUUAUGGGUAAACAACCAUUUUAAUGACUUUGAAGGUGAUCCAGCCAUGACACGUUUUUUGGAAGAAUUUGAAAAAAAUCUGGAAAAUACAAAAAUGAAGGGGCACCUUAGGUUACUAAACAUUGCCUGUGCUGCCAAGGCAAAAUGGAGGCAGAUUACACUGCAGAAGCCUUCCAGAGACUCCCCACUUUUCUUCAGCCUGCUUGAAGGAAGCGACAAAGGUUUUGGUAUUUUUGUAGAGACAGUGGAAUCAGGAAGCAAAGCUGCAGAAGCUGGACUUAAACGUGGUGAUCAGAUAAUGGAAGUCAAUGGGCAAAACUUUGAGAAUAUUACUUUUGCAAAAGCUAUGGAAAUACUGAGGAAUAAUACUCAUCUUUCUAUAACUGUAAAAACAAAUAUUUUUGUGUUCAAAGAGCUGCUUAGCAGAAUCGGGCAGGAGAAGAAUGGAGUUCCACAUAUUCCCAAAAUUGCAGAAAAGAAAAAUAAUCGCUAUUCUAUCCCCGAUAUUCCUGGAGAUGUAGAACAGAUGUUUCCACGUGAGAAAGGAAACAAGAAAAUCAAAGCGAAUACUGUUUCUGGUGGAAGAAACAGAAUAAAGAAAAUUUUAGAUAAGACACGAUUCAGCAUCUUACCUCCGAAAUUAUUCAGUGAUGGAAGUGUAAGCCAGUCCCAGGAUGACAGUAUUGUAGGCACCAGACAGUGCAGACACAGUGUGGCAAUUAUGCCUAUUCCUGGCACUCUCUCAUCCAGCAGUCCUGAUCUCUUGCAGCCUACAACCAGCAUGUUGGAUUUUUCUAAUCCUUCAGCAAUUGGUUUUUACUACAUUCCAGAUCAGGUUAUAAGAGUUUUUAAAGCAGAUCAACAAAGUUGCUACAUUAUCAUCAGCAAAGACACUACAGCAAAAGAAGUUGUAAGACAUGCAGUGCAGGAAUUCAAUUUGACAGGGGCAGCAGACAUGUAUUCCCUCUGUGAAGUUUCUGUGAGUCCUGAAGGAGUUAUCAAGCAGCGGAGGCUUCCUGAUCAGUUCUCAAAGUUAGCAGACAGAAUUCAGCUCAACGGGAGAUAUUACCUGAAAAAUAAUAUGGAAACAGAGACUCUGUGCUCAGAUGAAGAUGCUCAAGAAUUGCUUAGAGAAAGCCAGAUAUCCCUUCUACAGUUGAGUACCAUUGAGGUGGCUACUCAGUUAUCAAUGCGAGAUUUUGAAUUAUUUCGGAAUAUUGAGCCUACUGAAUACAUUGAUGAUCUAUAUAAGCUUGACUCUAAAACAGGAAAUGCUAACUUGAAACAGUUUGAGGAUGUGAUUAACCAAGAGACAUUUUGGGUUGCCACAGAAAUUUUAUCAGAAUCAAACCAGCUCAAAAGGAUGAAGAUUGUAAAACAUUUCAUUAAAAUUGCUCUCCAUUGUCGAGAAUGCAAGAACUUCAACUCUAUGUUUGCUGUUAUCAGCGGUCUUAAUCUGGCACCAGUUGCUCGACUCAGAGGAACAUGGGAAAAGUUACCAAGCAAGUAUGAAAAGCACCUCAGAGACCUUCAGGAUCUUUUUGAUCCCUCUAGAAACAUGGCAAAGUAUCGCAACAUCCUUAGCAGUCAGAGCAUGCAACCUCCAAUUAUUCCACUCUUUCCUGUUGUCAAGAAAGAUAUUACAUUUCUGCAUGAAGGAAACGAUUCAAAGGUGGAUGGCUUGGUGAAUUUUGAGAAACUCCGAAUGAUCGCCAAAGAGAUUCGUCAGGUCAUCAGAAUGACCUCUGCUAACAUGGAUCCUGCUGUAAUGUUCAGGCAAAGGAAGAAGAGGUGGAGGAGUUUGGGAUCACUGAGCCAGGGCAGCACAAAUUCAAACAUGUUGGAUGUUCAAGGAGGCGCUCACAAAAAACGUGCCCGGCGCAGCUCCCUUCUGAAUGCCAAGAAGCUGUACGAGGAUGCUCAGAUGGCCAGGAAGGUUAAACAAUACUUGUCUAAUCUGAAAGUGGAAACAGAUGAAGAGAAGUUCCAAGGAAUGUCACUUCAGUGUGAACCUGCUUAUAGUACUUUGACAAAAAAUGUAAAUGAAAGACGAGGAGCAAAAGUUUCUGAAAUGUCUCCAAUACCAUUGAGAUCUGCUGGCCAAACUGCAAAAGCCCACCUUCAUCAACAAAACAGAAUGAGUCAAGUCCUUCAAGUUCCAGCUGUUAAUUUGUACCCAAUUAGAAAAAAAGGACCUUCAAAGGAUCAUGUUACUUUCAGUGCAGGAUCUCCUCAGAAGUCAAUGAGCUUGUCUGAAGAAUUAAAUAAUAAAAAACAUGCAGAAGAUAGUAUCUCUAUGGCAUCCUCUUUGCAUUCCAGUCCCCCUGCUUCUCCUCAGGGAUCUCCACGCAAAGUGGGUAACACCCAGAGAUCAGAUAACUGCAGCCAGAUUAAUCUCUCUGGCUCUUCUUCAUCACUUGCUAGUGAAACCAGCAACAAGAACAGUGGACAACGCAGCUAUGGAAUAGGCUAUGCCCUUAUACCAUCUGCCAAAUCUGAGAAUUUCUCAGAUUCCAGUCACAGUGAGAUCUCUUCACGGUCCAGCAUAGUGAGCAACUGCUCUGCUGACUCUAUGUCUGCAGCCCUCCAGGAUGACAGAUGCUUGCCUCAAGCCAUUGUAGUGGUAGAUUUUGGAGGAACAGCAGAAAGAAAAGAGCACCGUCAACCAUCCUUGGAGUAUAGCCAACCUUGCACAGGUUGGCCGCUGUCCAGACCUCCAAUGAUCCGAGGACUGCCUGUCUCAUCUUCCAUGAGCACCGAGGAGAUCUCCCACGAGCACAUCACAAUAGAAGCAGCAGAUAGUGGUCGUGGAAGCUGGACUUCCUGCUCCAGUAGCUCUCAUGAUAAUUUCCAAACAAUCCAGAACCAAAAGGGAUGGGAUCUCUUAAACUCUUACCGCCACACUCAUUUAGAAAGAGCCAUUGCCGAAGUAGAACCAUCAAGCUGCUGUCCUGAAGAGGCUCAUUUGCCAGCCAGUGCCUGUUCAAAUAGUAGCAGGCAGUCCAAAGCCGGCAUGGACUUUGACCAAUCCCGGCAGAGCUGGGCUUCCUCAAGUUCCCUGUCAGACACCUAUGAAGCCAGCUAUGGAACUAUAAAACGAAGAGGACUUGACAGCUUAACAGCAGACCAGGCUGAAGUUUUGAACUCCAAAGCAGGCACUGAUGGAACUUACAAAACUGUCACUUCGAGUACAGAAAGAGGCCUCAUAGUGUACUGUGUCACCUCAUCUAAGGAGGACAAUAGGUAUAGGGAGCCACCGCCCACCCCACCAGGAUAUAUGGGGAUUUCUUUAGCGGACUUAAAAGAAGGAUCACCUCACCACCCACACUUAAAACCUCCUGACUAUAGCGUGGCGGUACAGAGGUCAAAGAUGCUGCAUAGCAAGCUCUCUAGGCUGUCUUCUGCUCCUCUGAGUAGUGAACCAGUGGCCUGUUUUCCAAAGAAGAUGCCUCAGUGGCAUAGCCGACAGCCAUCCCAUCUUAAGCUAGCAGAUAUGACUGACGCAAAUAGUGAAGAGGACGAAGAUGAACAAGUAUCAGCAGUCUAGCCUUUGCGCUUCCUGGGAAAAUUGCUUCAAGUCACAGUAAGAGGAAGGACCAUACAAUCCUGUUAGCUGUAGCUGACAGCUUGCUGCUAUUGACUUCACACAUUGCAUUCGCCUCUGUUCUGAAUGAAUUAUGAGCUCUUUUCAGUCUACUAUCAUUGGCUCAACAGUCUAAGAUACCUAUUUAUGUAGAAGAAAGACAAAUCUUUCCAAGGAAUACUGACCCUGUAAUGCAGAAACCAGAAUAGCAGAUGGACCAAUUUUUAAUGCAUUGGGGCCACCCAACACUUGGGAAGUUUUCUUAUGUAGAAACUCUUAGAAUCUUUUGGUAGACUGCUCAAAUAUUUUCUAUACAAUUACAGCUCUCACUCGAAGAAUGUUAUUUUAUGUACGUAUGGAAGAACCUGCAAAGCUUCAGCAAAACCAUGGAAACUUCUGCAGCAAUCCGAAGAGUAAUUUAUUAAUUUGGAGUUUAUAUAAGGUUUUUGUUUGUUUGUACAUGUAUUUGGAAUGCUCUGGUUGGCUAAUGUGAAUGCUUUUACAAAGAAAAUAAGGUAACAAAUUAUCUUGAUGUUAAUGAAAUGUUUUAUGCUAGCAAAACACUUUUGAUUUCUGAGGAACUGGAUGUUCACAAGUGCAGCUAGAGGUUUACACACAAUGCAACAUAAACCUCUUUUGUGAAAUGCCAACCCUUUGAGGUGUGUAUUUAAGUGUGCAUUAAUGUACAUACAGUAGUGAAAUGCUGCCAUCUAUUGGUCCUGUAUUUUGAAAAGGGUGAAGUACAUGUGACCGUCCUUUUAACUAUCCAAUUUUCUAAAGAAAUACCUGUGUUUAUCUUCCACUUUUCUUUUUUUGCCCUCCAGCAAAAGUGAAUCAUGGUAUCUGUCUGCAUUUACAGCACAAUCCACUGGGAAGCCCUCCCGUGCAGAUCUCACUGUAACAAAAGGAAAAAAGCACAAAGGAGAAUGUGGCUGCUGUGUGAAUUGUGCCCUGAAUUUGUAACCUGUUGCCACUUCAGCAAAACUUGUACUGGAGAAGUACUUACCAUGUCAGAGUAGCCAGUUUGAGAUAUUCAGAGCUUAUGAGCAGAAGUGCAGAAAUUAGAAUCAUUAGAUUCAUGUCCUCUUCAUUUGUAACACCACCCACAAAAUCUGAUUUAGUAUGUGUACACUGGCAUGCUUGAUUUCUGAUGAGAGCCAGCAGAGCUGCAGUUUGUCUGCAAGUCAUACCUUCUGACUUACAGCCUUUUGCCUGUGUUCCAGAUGUUGAGGCUGCUUGUGGUUGCUAGGUGGACGGAGAAGAUUUAUUCUGCAUCUACUCCAGUGCACAUUCUGUAGGUAUGAAUUCACUUGAUCCAAGCUGAGCUUUUACAUUUGGAGACAAGUUUUUGGCUAAACUCCAGUGUGGCUUAGUUCUAAGUUCUACCUUUGCUGAUAAAUUGUAAAGUUUCUCUGCAAUGGUAAAAACAUGGAUUAAUACAUUGAAAGGUGAGGUUAAUUAUUUCAGCCUUUAGGAACUGUAGCUCAUCAUAAGAUCAAUGACCAUAUUCUUGAGUAUUUGCACUGCAGAGCAUUUUAUUUUUCCCUAAACAUACUGAGCUAUAAGAUCUUUAUACUAAAACAAGCCAGCUGUAGCAAGCACCUGUGACAUUAGUAUUGCCAUGUGUUACUGUACACAAUGACCCACAAAAGCAUUUUCCACUGUCAUUGGACUUGAUAAGCAUAUUUGUGGUUAGUGCCAAGUGAGAAAUGUGCAACCAAGUUCAUCCCUGCAGUUUUGUUGUGCUUUGAAGUAAUUGGAAAGCAGCAAGAAGUCCCACUGCUUCUUGAGUGCUUCUAAAGGCCAUUGUGUCUGGAGGCAUGAGCUCCAACCUGAAAGAAAGAUGGGGCAGACCUUAUUCCUGUAGCUCUUCUGGAGCCCAGAACAACAUUAGUUGAGAGAUUACAUCUCCCUUAUAUUGAGAGAGAGUCAGGACAGGUAGUUCCUACAAAUUUGACUGUCUCCAAUAUUUGUGGACCUUUGGCCAUAAAUAAAGUAUAAUGCUAAGGGGAAAUGAAACACCAUUGUUUAUCAUUAGUCUAGGUUGUGGUUGCAUCUUUAUUUAGCCAACCAGAGUACAUGGAAAAAACCAAGAGAUAUUUUCAUUUUUUUCUCAAGCAAAUAAUGGUGGCCCAAUCAGACAUCAUAAAUGGACAUGAAUGUGUCAAUGUAUAUUUCAAGUUUACUUGUAAAUCUUAGUAUCAUAAAUGUUUACAGUCUAAGCUAGGGGGAGAUGCUUGUCUAUUUUACAGGUGCCUCAGAGUAACUUUUUACACCAAUUUCUAGAGCUUUCAGUUGUUUUUGGGGGGAGCAAGACAAAUGCAAAGUAUUCUGGCAGAAUCCAAACACAAGCACCAAAAAUAAAAUUGAAAUUCUAAAGCCUUCUGUGUGAAUUUUCCACAUGGACUUUGGAUAGUGCUAGCUCACUAGCAGGUGUGUUUCAACAAACUUGUUUCACCUUUCUGGUGUCUGUGUGCCCCUUGGAGUACUCCUUAUUUAGAUGCCUUGUAACAUGAAUUCACAAAUCCAUGAAGACAGAACAGAUGCUACCUAAUUCAUAGUUUCAUUGGCUGACCAUAUAUCAAUUAUCAUUACUAGCCUUAAGUAUCAGGAAUAAAUAGUUGAGACAACUGUCUGCCUUUUGUCCCAUUCAUAGCCUUAAUGGAAAGAAUAAUCUUGUAUAGGCCAUAACAAAAUAAUAUCAGGAUUUGAGUAAAGUUGGCAUCUGUAUAUCACAAUGUGGACAUGGGCAUAGCAUCCAGCUAGUAUUUCCUACAUAAACCUCAUUGGGAAUCAGUGGGAGUGCCACAACAGCACAACUCUUUCAUUUUGGUGUGGCUCAUAUAUCCUGAAUUCUUGGUUGAUUGUGUCUGGCCACAGCCCUAGACACCAAUAGUGGUGCAGGGAAGAAACGUGUACAGCCAGCUAGUGAGAAAGUUCAUUGUAGCUGAGUAUUCAGUAAUAUGGGACAAACUAUGGUUCACUUUUAAAACAGCAAAUUGCCUAUUCAGACAACCAAUCAGAUGUUGUAAGAAGUAGGGGUGUGCACCCCCAAAAGAUUAGGUUUCCUACUUUGGGUUUACCUGAAGCAGAGAAAAAAUUGGGGAAAGCUCAAAUCCUGAAGUGGCAAGCCACUUCAAGUUCGGAUAUUUAAACCACUUCAGGAUGAUGAGGGAAGAUUCAACUAUUGUUUCCAAUGGGAAAUGCCGCUCCCAGCUAUCCGGGGGCCUGGGAGGGAUUUUCUUCCCUAAUAAUCCCAAAUUUGCAGGGGAUCCUCUCCUAACCCUCCUCUCACAACCCCCCCCCCAAGUUCCAGGGAGAUUGGACUUUUGGGACCAUGUUAUGGCCCCCAAAAGAAAGUGCCCCUAUCCAUUGCCAAUCUCCAUUGUUCCCUAUGAGAAAAAUUGUGUGUGGGAAGGUUCCUAGGUGGUCGGGGGUGACAUUUUGCAAGCAAAAUGCACCAAACCUGCAGGGGACCCUUUCCAAACCCUCCUCUCGUGACUACCCAAGUUUAAGAAAGAUUGGACUUGUUAAGGCCUCCCAAAGAAGGUGCCCCAAUCCACCGCUGAUCUCCAGUUUCCGUAUGGGGAAAAUUGGAGGGGGGGGUCCUAGGUGGCUGGGGGUGGCAUUUUGCAAGCAAAAUGCACCAAAUUUGCCAGGAACCUACUCCUACCUGUCCUCAAGACCCCCCAAGUUUUAGGGAGACUGGAUUUUCAAAGAGGGUGCUCCUAAAUUUUUCUUAGUGUGAUUCUCUUGUGUGAAAGUUGGUUCUCAUAGGGAACAAUGGAUAUCGGUAGUAGAUAAGGGCACCUUUGUGGGACCAUAACAUGGCCCCCAGAAUUCCAAUUUCCCUGACAGUUGGAGGGUCUGGAGAGGACAGGUAUGAGUAGGUUCCUGGCCAAUUUGGUGCAUUUUGCUUCCAAAAUGCCACCCCAAGCUAACUAGGACACCCCCCCCCCCCAGUUUUCCCCAUAGGGAAUAAUGGAGAUCAGCAGUGGAUUGGGCACCUUCUUUGGUGGACCAUAACAUGGCCCCCUGAAAUUCAAUCUCCCUGAAACUUGGGGGGAGGUCUUUAGAAGAUAGGUAGGGGCGGGUCCCGUGCAAAUUUGGUGCAUUUUGCAUGUAAAAUACUACCCCAGCCACCUAGAUACUCCACUAGCAGCAGAAGCACCGUUUCCUCUUGUCGUUCCUUAGGAAUGGCAAGGGAAAUACUGCUUCUGCACUACCCAAAGCUUAGUGAAGCAUUCCAAAGUGCUUCAGUAAGCUUUGCUUCAGCAUUCCUGAAUCACUUCAGCAAUGCUGAGGCUGAUACAGGAAUGCCAAAGCAUCCCGAAUCAGGGUUAAAAACGUACACACCCCUAGUAAGAAGUUCAGCACCUCUACUGGAACAGGUGUUUCUCCCUGGGAUAUGCUGUGGCUUUCUAAGAUUGUAGCUACAGUUGCCAAAAAUAAGUUUGUAAACCUCAUGCCUUAGCUCUUAGCAAAUACUGUUUGUGUGUGUGUGUAUUUGAACAAUGAUUCAGGACUAAAUGCUAACCUAAUGUGGUGAUUUGGGCCAAGUAAUACAAUCUUUCAGUGACCUCAUAUAUUUAUUUCAGCUUUUAGGAACAAAACUGAAGGAUCAAAGCCUUCUCUCUUGAGAGUAAUUGCUUUCCGCUGAUUAAGCCCAGUGCUCUUCAUAUUCAUGCUGCUGACCAAAAUCUGACAGGCUUCAUUGAACCAGUCACAAGUUUGUUGUUUCCACACCAAUAGCAUCAGUAAUUCUCCAUUUUAAAAAAUAGGUUAUUUUCAGAACGGGUGCCUCUCUUGCUAAUCAUUUUCUCUUAAUAUAAAGCAGGUAAUAGCAUAGCUAUUAGCUAUGCUUUAAAUAAUCGAGCUCUCUUGACUGCUUCAGAUUUGCACAGUGCGAGUUGCCUCAAUCUGUCCGUGUUCUGGCCUUGAUAUGUUUGCUUACCUUUUUUAAUCUGCUGAUCACAUUGAUCAGUGAACACUGGUCAAAAUGAAGUGAGGCUUGGGUGUGUACAAAGAGACAGAAUACCCUUUUAAAACCAAUUUAUAUAAACGUUCUUUUUAAUCCUCUUCUAUACUCAUUUAAUUCAUAAACAGAAUUAGUUACAGCAUUUACUGUGCUGUUUCCCAUGUUAUGUAAUUUCCAUUAUGCAUUUGAAAUGACUACUUCUUUUCUUUGUACAUAGCAACUAUCCAUCUCUCUGCAUUCUCACAAUAUAUUGUGAGUUAAUGGAGACCAAACAGGAUAUAUCUUUAUGUGCACUAAGCUGUAACUAAUACUCAUUUUGCAUCCAUAUAGUUAUAUGAAUUAGAAAACCGUGUUGCUCAACAUAUAAAUGUGACCUGUACAUCACUUAAGCGUGCCAGUUGUUUGAUGAUGCUGGGCUUAUGAUGUCAGUGAACUGUGUUGCAAAAUGUGCAUAUUAUUGGGAUAGAAAAAAUGUUGCUCUGAGUGUGCUAAUGUUUCUGAAGUAGUAAUUGGCAGGUGUGCAUGUGCUCAUGUGCACAUCUUAUCCUGACACACAUUUAUCACCUAAGUUAUACUUGCAGUGUCAGCCUGGUGCUAAAGUGGAGAAUUUUGUACAGACCUCAAUAGAGAUGGUUGUUGAAUAAUCAUUUGAAAUCACUUCUUAGGACAUGUGCCGCUGGUUAUUGAGAAUAUCAUGGAGCAUCAAAGAGAUAACAUCUGUUGAAUGAAUCCUCUCUAAAAAUCUUCAGAGAAGGUAAAACUUGAAGAAAAGAAACUUGGUCCAUUCAAUUUUUCAUUCUAAUUAUUUAUUUGUAGGCAGCGCCACAGAUAACACAAUCAACAUUUACUCAAAUACUACUUUUUUAAUACUGCUUUCUAAUUGCCUUCAAAAACUGAUUAGGAAAAAAGGGAAUACUCUAUUGGGUUAAUGCAAACCAUUUUAAAAGGGGGCAGGGAAAAACAAGUCCUUGCCUCACCCCCAUCCCCAUGUUGUGCUUGUCAUUGUCUUGUCCUGAUUUUUGUUUAUAUAUACAUGGAAUGCAGUUUAGCUUGAUAUUAAUGACAUUUUGCAUAUGUGAGCAUAUGGGCAAAAACUGCACAGUUGUAAUGGUAUUCUGAUAGCAAUUGUAACUGCACAAGUCAGUGAUUGUAAAGUAUUCUGUAACAAGCAAUGUUUGUCUUCUAUUUUUUGAUACCUCUUACACUUAUGUCUUUUAGAAAGACAGUGCCUCUGUAUGCUUUUUUGUAUUUUUACUGAGUGAUUGUAAAUAUUUGUUAUAUUUUUGGUUAAAAGAAUGUUUAAAGUACUGUUUAAUAUCCAAUCUACUAAUGUUGUUGGAACUAAUAAACGAUCUGCUUAACAUGAGA